CUGGAAGAGCCUGUAUCGUAAUUGUAUACAAGAACUUAAGACAGGAGAACAAGGCAGCAACGAAUGAAGACUACAAAAGAAAAGAAGAAGGACCACCAAAGAUGGAGACAAUCUGCCAAGACUAGGAGAGCCGCUCAGAGGAAGUCAUCUUCCAGGCCUGUUUGUCGACUCUGCCUUCAAGAACCUGGCGAUCCUGAAAAGUUAGGGGAAUUUCUUCAGAAAGACAAUCUCAGCGUGCAUUAUUUCUGUCUUAUCCUAUCUAGCAAGCUGCCUCAGAGGGGCCAGCCCAACAGAGGUUUUCAUGGAUUCCUGCCUGAAGACAUCAAAAAAGAGGCGACUCGGGCUUCUAGAAAGAUCUGCUUUGUGUGCAAGAAAAAAGGAGCUGCCAUCACCUGCCAGAAAGACCAUUGCCUCAGAAACUUCCAUCUGCCUUGUGGCCAAGAAAAGGGUUGCCUUUCACAGUUUUUUGGAGAGUACAAAUCAUUUUGUGGGAAACAUCGCCCCACGCAGGUCAUCCAACUGCAAAAGAACGGCGAGGAGGAGAGCUGUGUCUUGUGUUGUGAAGACUUGUCCCAAAAGAGCGUGGAAAACAUUCAGAGCCCAUGCUGUAGUCAAACCAUCUACCACCGCAAGUGCAUACAGAAAUAUGCCCACACAUCAGCCAAACAUUUCUUCAAAUGUCCACAGUGUAACAAUCGAGAAGAGUUUCAUCAAGAAAUGCUGCGAAUGGGGAUUCACAUUCCAGACAGAGACGCUGCCUGGGAGCUGGAGCCAGGGGCUUUUUCAGACCUGUAUCAGCGCCAUCAGCACUGCGAUGCCCCUGUCUGUCUGUCUGAACAAGGCAGAGACAGCUUUGAGGAGGAAGGGAGCUGGAGCCUCAUUCUGUGUGAUACGUGUGGAUCCCAUGGAACCCACAGGGAUUGCUCCUCACUUCAAUCCAACAAUACGACAUGGGAGUGUGGAGAGUGUGCACCUUCCCCUCCAGUCAUAGAUUACAGGCAGGGAAAAGGGAGCAACAUUUUGUCCUGCAGCCGUUCCCUGCGUCCUGAGAACGCUGGCCUGGAGCACCCAGGCCCUUUGUGCACUGACCCACCUGGGCCCACGGAGCCCUCCAGCAACACGAGGCGCAGCUCCUUGAGGUCCCGGGGUAUCAGAAUUGCUUAUUGCCGCCCCAAGAAGUAG